AUGGAUCUUUCUCCGCGAGCCCUUGUCAGGCUCCUCCUACCACGCCUGCCACUCUUGAUCAAGACGAUCGUCUUCAACACGCUCUCGUUGUCGCCGAAUUCUUCGAAGCAGGAUUUGACAACAGAGGUUGUUGUGGUUAUUUUGCGAUCUAUCAUGAGCGUUAGAAAGCCCAUGGGGUAUCUGCAACACAUCUCCACGAAGGACCCGGGAAUCAAAGGACCGAUACGCAUCGCCAAAGUGACCAUUCCACCACCCCUUGACGAGGAGGGCCCGAGAGAUGCUAUUGUGAAGGCUAUAAAAGAGCUUGGAGACGGCAGCGAAACAUACACUCUUCCCGACGUUGGGGGCGUGGAAGCUGAAUGGACUGGCUAUCAAAAGGGCGUCCCUGCGCAUGAACCUAGACCAGAUGUCUCCGAAGACGACCACUACAGAAUUCUCAUGGCAAGCGUUUCGACUAGCACCACGAUUCUAUAUUUCCAUGGUGGUGCCUAUUUUCUGAUGGACCCGGCAUCACAUAGGGUGCCUGUUUCCCGUCUUGCACGGCUAACGGGGGGUCGAGGCUAUUCUGUUAGAUACCGCCUAGCUCCUCAAAAUCCUUUCCCUGCUCAGUUGCUUGACGGACUGGUCGCUUAUUUGUCGCUCCUGGCGCCUCCCAAGGGCCUCCCCCACGACCCUGUGCCUGCGAAACAUAUUGUAUUUGCUGGAGACUCUGCUGGUGCCAAUCUUGCUGUGGCGUUGUUGCAGCUCCUCCUGAGUCUGCAGAGAAUGGCUGUGAGCAGCAUCAAGUUCCAUGGAGUCGAUGUCCCCGUUGAAGUUCCGGCGGGCAUUUGCCUUAACAGCGUCUGGGCCGAUAUAUCUCGGUCACUGCCUUCCAUUAACAAGAAUGCUCACCUGGACUACCUGGAUCCUCCCACAGCAGAAGGGGUAUCAAAAGCCGAUCCUCUUCCAGACAAUCUGUGGCCAGCACGCCCUCCGCGAGCAAAUAUCUUCUGUAACGCCUCCAUGAUGACACAUCCUCUCGUGUCACCGCUCGCUGCUGGCCCGGAACUCUGGAAGGGGAUGCCUCCGGCAUGGCUGUGCUUGGGCAACGAAGGCCUGGAGGACGAGAUCACGAUUCUUGCGCGCAGAAUGCAUCAGGGUGGCGGGGUGGUGGAUUUCGUGGGCUACGAGGGGAUGCCGCAUUGCUUUGCCAUGGUGUUCCCGAAAAAUUCGAAAAGCAGAGAUUGUUUUGAACGUCAGGCAAACUUUUGCUCGGAUGUCGUCAACGGAACCAGCCCAACUUCGAGUAAAUUCGUCUGGGUGAAGGCUUUCGCGAAACCAUCAAGCAUCGAAGAGCUCAACCCGGAUCAACUGAGUCGACUUAGUGACCAAGAGGUGACGGACGCAAUGAAAACAAUGCAGAAUCAUGCCAGGAAACGGGAGGAAGAAGCCCUGAUGACUUGGAACGCACAGCAAACUAGGGCCAAACUAUAG